CGCCCUUUAAAUAUGUGCUUGUUUUAAAUUAUGGACGAGAACUGUGGACGCUUAAAGUUUAUUGAGCUAGAAAACUACAAAUCUUACAAAGGAAAGCAGGUUAUUGGUCCUUUCAGUGUUUUCACUGCCAUCAUUGGGCCAAAUGGAUCAGGGAAGUCAAAUUUAAUGGAUGCCAUAAGCUUUGUUCUUGGAGAAAAUACUCGACAUUUACGUGUUCGUCGACUUAAUGAUUUAAUCCAUGGUUCAGUAGUUGGAAAACCUGUUGCAAAAUCAGCAUCGGUAACUGCAGUUUAUGAAAUGCCUGAUGGGGAAGAAAAGCGUUUUAGUCGUGUUAUUCAUGGUAAUACAUCAGAGUAUCGAAUAAAUGGUGUCUCUGUUCGUGUUGAUGAAUAUGCUGCUGCCCUUGAACAAAUACAUAUAUUUAUGAAAGUGAAAAAUUUUCUCGUUUUCCAAGGUGCUGUAGAAAGUAUAGCUAUGAAAAAUGCACGUGAACGUUGUCAAAUGUUUGAAGAAAUUAGCAAAUCUGCUGAAUUAAAAGAAGAAUACGAUAUGUCAAGAAUGGAAAUGCAAAAGUUAGAGGAGAAUGCAACUUUUAAUUUGAAUAAAAAGAAGGGCAUUGUUGCUGAACGUAAAGAAGCAAAAAUAGAAAUUGAUGAAGCUGAAAGAUACAAAAAGCUUCAAAGUGAAUUGACAAAGAAACGACUGGAACUUCAUCUAUUCAAACUUUACUACAAUGAUUUGGAAAUUAGACAUGUUCGUGAAGAGCUUAAACAAAGAGAAGAGGCAGUUGCUGCUGAACAUGAACAACGUCAGUUGAUUGAAGAAGAAAUGAAAGAAAAACGUCGUGAAUUAGGCAAAAUCAAUCGGGAUCAGUCAUCUUUAGAACAAGAAAUCAAAAAAUGUGAGCAGAAAAUUGGAAAGAGAAAACCGGAAUUUAUCAAAGUUUCCCAAUUGUUGCGACAUGUUAGCGAAAAGCAUAAGGAGUCUAAAAAAUCUUUGGAGAAUGCUAGACAGCUACAUAGUACACAUCUACAAGAAAUUGAUCAGUUAGAAGCAGAAUAUGAGAAAAUAUCAGAUAUACAACGAGAUUACGAACAACAGCAAUCGAAGAAAUCACUUGAACAAGGUCGUGAUCUAGAACUGGAAGAAACUCAGGUUUGUUAA